AAAAAAACUCUAUUCAUCCCUCCACCAUUUUUCUUUUCACACACAAUACACAGAAGAGAGAGAAAAAUUAUCACAAUCUGUUUCAUUUCUCUCCAGUUUCGUUUGUUUUUCUGUACAUAUGUAUUCUCCUUAAUUCGCAUAAUCUAUCUCUGAUCGAUAUAUAAAGCUUUCUCUUUUGAGAGAAAGAUUUGUUUGUUUUCCUUUUCGCAAAUUAAUUUUUUGUGGAUACGAUCGAAUUUGACGAUGAGGCGAGGCAGAGGACCGGUGGGGGCAGCGAGGCAAAUGGCAGUGAAUGACGGAGAUGCUAACGGAUCUGGUGGAUCUAAGGAGAUCAGAUUUCGUGGAGUGAGAAAGAGACCAUGGGGAAAAUUUGCUGCAGAGAUCAGAGACCCUUGGAAGAAGACUCGGGUGUGGCUAGGUACGUUUGAAUCUGCUGAAGACGCGGCUAGGGCAUACGACGCCGCUGCUCGAAAACUUCGGGGGCCCAAGGCUAAGACAAACUUUCCGUUACCUAACAACCAGAGCGGCGUUUUCUGUGAUUUCAAGGCUCAAAAUUUUAACAAUCAACGGAUCAAUAGUCAGCCUCACGAUCCGUUCAUGGUGGAUCCUAGAUUUUACCCUCAGGACCAUCAGGUAGUUGGCCCGCAGAGGCCUACCUCCAGCGGCAUGAGCAGCACCGUCGAGUCGUUUAGUGGACCCAGACAGCCGGCGCCGCCGCAACUCAUUCAGCCGCAAAGGAGAUAUCCCAGGUCGCCGCCGAUGUCUCCUGAUGACUGUCACAGCGACUGCGAUUCUUCCUCCUCCGUUGUGGAUGAUGGUGAAUGCGACAUCGCUUCAUCCUCUUGUAAAAAGCCUUUGCCUUUCGACCUCAACUUCCCGCCGCCAAUGGAUGCUGACAUGUGCGACCUAGCUUGCACGGCCCUCCGACUCUGAUAUGUUCCCUGAUGACUACCAAAUCAUUUGGAAGAAACCCACCUGGUUAAAUUACUCAAAAUUUUUUUUUCUUUUUCUUUUCCUUUUCAACUUUUUUGUUUUUAUUUUGCGGAGAAAAACCCUAAAAAAAAUGAAAAAUGCUCAUAGCUAGGGUAAAGCAUGAGAUAAAAAAGCUAAGGUGGGUUGAAGGUCAGUCUGCUAUAGGGUCCUGUUGUUUGAAGAGAAUCUGCUUGAUUUUAGAUCUAUAAACUUGAUGUUAUGGAUUAUAGUGAAUGUUAAGAUGGAUGGAUAUUCAGACUGCCCCUUUGUUAUAUUAUGAUUUUUGGAUGAUUGCCUAUCUUCCACUAUCCAUUGACUUCUUUAAAAUGUAUAUGAAAUCUGUUAUUGAGGACAUGUAUUGGUAUAUUUAUUUUUUAAACUAGAUGUGAGAACAUCUAUGAUCUGUUCUA